GAUCCUGCCACCCUCGAGAUUCCACUCUGCCCCGCCCCUUUUUCCUAUAAAUACCGCUCCAAUUGGUUCAUCGUAGCCAGCGGAAAUUCGCGUCCAAAUCGGAGGCGAAAUCCGUCAAUUAAUCAGAAUCUAGAGAGAGAGAGAGAGAGAGAGAGGGGGGAAGCGAGAGCUUUGUCUGUGUUCGCAUUCUUUCUAUUUAGAUAGAGAGAGAGAGUCGUGGAGCAUUUGAGAUUGUGAUGCGUGGAAGACAGGUGACAGUGCAAAUGGCGAGAGACCUACAUAUAUACAGACAUAUGUAAAGAGAGAGUGAGGGAUCGGUGUCGGAAUGGGACGCCUGCCUCUGAGCCCUAGCACCUCUUGUUCUCGUUCCUUUCAAUCUGAUCAAAUUUGAUCUUAAUUAGAGAUGGGAGAGGUGACAAAGCUGCUGUACGUAGUGGUUGUGGAUGAUGAGGACAGGAGAGAGACAAGGAAAGAGUCGUUCCGGUACACGCGUUCUGUUCUUCAGAGUACUCUGCAGCUCAUGGGCUGCAAACCUCGCCAUGCUUUUAAGAUUAGCCAAAGGGUGUUUGAAUUGAUGAAAAGUGAAUGCUCUGCGGAUGCUUUGGUUUCAGCAGGGAUAGAGAUGUUGGAUUCACAUCCUCCUAGAAUACAGUCUCAGAAAGAAGAUGGUCGCUUGAACAAAGUGGGUGGGGUUAGCCAGGGGAUUCUAGACAGAAAUGGUAAAGAUAAGAGUGAAACAUUUGAAUUGUACAAAAGGCGCACAACUGUGGUCAUCAGAAGAAAAAUGUUCUUGGAUGUUGUUUGUGAUGCUCUGGCUGAGUACAAGUACGUGGGCCCUGACCAGAGAGCGGAUUUGGUUUUAGCUUGCAGAAUUCGUGAAAGGAAGGAAUCUGUAACUGUGCUGCUGUGUGGAACAAGUGGCUGUGGCAAAUCUACAUUGUCAGCAUUGCUGGGUAGCAGGUUGGGCAUCACAACUGUGAUAUCCACCGACUCAAUUCGCCAUAUGAUGAGGAGCUUCGUAGAUGAAAAGCAAAAUCCUUUGCUUUGGGCUUCAACAUACCAUGCUGGGGAAUAUUUGGAUCCAGAGGCUGUUGCAGCUGCAAAGGCCAAAAAGAAAGCUAAAAAAUUAGCUGCUGUUUCCCAGCUCCCACCAAAGGAUGAUGCAUCAAAUUGUUCUAUAGUUGGAAAAUCUGACAGUCAAACACCAGAAGUGGCCUCCAGUUCUGCAGAAUUUAUCAGUCCAAGACAGAUGGCCAUUGAAGGAUUUAAGGCGCAAAGUGAAAUGGUCAUUGACAGUCUUGAUCGGCUGAUCACUGCUUGGGAAGAACGAAAAGAAUCAGUAGUUGUUGAGGGGGUCCACUUAAGCCUUAAUUUUGUGAUGAACCUUAUGAAGAAACAUCCUUCAAUUAUACCAUUUAUGAUAUACAUAACAAAUGAGGAUAAACACUUGGAAAGAUUUGCAGUUCGUGCUAAGUACAUGACACUAGAUCCUGCUAAAAACAAGUAUGUAAAAUAUAUUCGAAACAUCAGGACAAUCCAAGAUUAUCUCUGCAAGCGAGCUGACAAGCAUCUGGUCCCCAAAAUAAAUAACACUAAUGUUGACAAGAGCGUGGCUGCCAUCCAUGCUACGGUAUUUAGUUGCCUUAGAAGGUGCGAGGCAGGGGAGCAACUUUAUGAUCCUGUGACAAAUACAGUCACUGUGGUUGAUGAGGAAUACAGGAACCAGUGUGUUGCCAAUUCAUUGAGCUCCAAGGGCAUGUUCCAACUUAUUCAAAGACAAGGUUCUAGCAGGCAUCUAAUGGCUCUUCUGAAUACUGAUGGUUCUGUGGCAAAGGCAUGGCCAAUAGAUGGUAAUGGAAAGCCCAUAGUGGGCCAAUUGACUGAGAAGGGGAUAGGAGCACCAAUGUAUGGGCCAUUGCAAAUUGGUAAGGCCGAACCUGUUAAUCUUCAGUUUGGUCACUUUGGCAUUAGUGCUUGGGCCAGUGAAACUGGUGGCACAAGUCAUGCUGGCAGUAUUGAUGAGUCGAAGGGUGAUAUGACUGACACUGGUAGUAGAUAUUACUCGUCCUGCUGCAGCUCUCCUAGGAUAUCUGAUGGACCAGCCAAGGAGCUCAAGGAGGAGGAUUUUGUGCAUGGUAGCGAUGAGGAGGUUGACGAUCCUCCUGAGUUGGACAGUGAUGAGGAUCUUAGUGAUGAUGGUCUAAAACAAAUGCAUGAAGAGAUGGAAGGCUCAGUAGAUGAGGAGUCCACUAAAUCAGACGAAGAAUAUGAUGAUCUAGCGAUGCAGGAUAUCCAAGAGAAUGGCUACUGGUCAGAUGACAAUGAUUGCAUGAAGAAAGCAGUGCCAAUGUUGGGGGAAAAAUUGGCUUGCAAAGUUACUGGCUUCCAUGGAGAAGAGGACAAACAAAAUAUUGACCAGUCCUUGGAAACUAGGAGUGAAACAAUGUUGGAACUUCCUUGUUCUUACUCUUGUUUACUGAGGGAGAAGAACGAAAAGAUAAUGCCAUUGCCAUCUUCUGGUAAUUUCAAAAUGGGAAGACGUUCUCGCAGCAUACCAGCUUGUGGAAAGCAUGGCUCAGUGGCUAAAGAUCCCAUUCUCUCUGGAACUCCACAAAGGUAGCUGAAAAUUUGUGUUUUUGCUUUUCCUUCCAGUUUCUUCUGUUGCUUUUUAAGAGACUUUCCUCUACUUUGUAUAGUGUUUUAAGGAAUGCAAUGCUUGAAUUCCUGUCUGGUCUAGCAAUUUAGCUUGGUGCACAAGCUUUCUUAACUUCUGCAGGUAGAUUUUUUGAAGUGUUUUAUUGAAAACGAAAUAUCAUGAAUGAGAUUCUGAAUAAACUAUCACCUCUGAUUUUAAUCCCCCACUGUAUGUCAAAAUUGUUUGGGGAUGAUAAUGAUGAACCCUAAUAUUUAGUUUUUCCUUUCGUUUUUGGCUAUGUAACCCU